AUGCUGUUGCUCAUCACGAUCCGGCAGCUAGCGGACGCAAGGACGUUCGAUGCGUCCCCCGACGGCGUGCCGUACUCCAUCGCCAGCGCCUUGGCCGAAGCUGGAGCUGGUGACACGGUCGUUCUCGCGGACGGAACGUACAACGAGGCUAUCGUGACAGUGCAGGGAGGGGAGAGCGGUAACCCCCUCAUCAUCACGGGAGGCAGGGACGCCUUGGUCAACGCUGGCGACGACGGGAAGGUCGUGUAUGUGCAGCACUCAUGGGUGACCCUGGAGGGAUUUUCUGUGGACGGCAAGAUCUCGGACGAUGACGAGGCAGAGUCCUACGUGGACAAGUGCGUCUUCGUUGAGGGCACUAGCACAAGCGGAGACGAGCGGCUGGAAGGAUUCGUCAUGCAAGACGUCUAUGUCCAGAACUGCGGGGAUGAGUGCGUGCGGCUGAAGAGUUUCAUAGUGGGCGCCGUGAUCAGCGACAACGUUAUCCAAGACUGCGGGGUCAGGGACUUCGUGUACGGCAACAGCGGGAAGAACGGGGAAGGGAUCUACGUCGGGACCUCCAGCACUCAGUGGUCUGACGGCCCUGACGAGUGCAACGACAACACUAUCACGGGAAACACCAUCACCCCCAACGGCAACGAGUGCGUGGACAUCAAGGAGGGCUCGACGGGAACCAUCGUCGAGGAAAACACGUGCAGCGGGCAGCUGGACGAGGACUCCGGGUGCUUCGGCUCCAGGGGGGAUGGCAACGUGUUUCGGUACAACACGGCCUCGGACUGCCUAGGCGUUGGCGUACGCAUCGGCGGCUGGGAGGUCGACGGGCACAAAUACGGUCAAGACAACAGUAUCUACGAAAACAGCUUCACGAGAGCAGAGUCGGGCGGCCUGAGCUUCUUCGCCCUUCCCCAGGGCAAGGUCUGCGGCAACUCCUGCCAAGGCGGGGCCGUGCGACAUGAUUGA